UUCAACAAUCUAUCGGUAAUUGUACUAAUAGACGAAUGUUCAUUUCAGCUGAACUCUAACCAUUGGAACUAUUGUUAGAAUAAUAUUUCUAUUUGAUUACAAUUAGUUAAUUGAGAUGAUGGAUACACCUCUUUGUGUUGGUUAUAAAUUUAAGACAAUUGAAAGUCUCUGUGGUUGGAAAUUCAUUUGAAACAGUUCAAAGUUGGAAAAAGUUUUCUAACAAUUAAGGAGAAAUUACAAUGAAGUCGAUUGAAUUUGCUAUUUUAGUGACUGCGUUCAUCUUGAUUGUGUCCAAUUGUCAUUCUUUAAGAGAAAUUGAUUUCCUCAAUGAUUUAAAGCCACAUUAUGGUCAAGAUUUAAUCAACCGACUCUUUGCUGAUCAGAUUGAUCGUCGUAUUAAAAACAUCGUAAGACUUGGUGGUCAAGCUAAUCUGACAACUGACCAAACUAUGUUUGCAUCUAUUACCGUUUUCUCAUUGGAAAUGAUUAAAGAUCUGGUUAAUCAGUCCAACAAUCAAAUUUUACCAUCGAUUGACAAUGAGCUUUUUACAUAUUUGACACUUGAAUAUGAUUCAAUUGUAUCUCGUUUUUACAGUGAACUGACCAACUACCUAAAUGAUGAUCUAAAUGUUGACCAGUUAAUGCCCAAGACAUUAAUCCACAGGCUUCAUCCAUUGAUUAAUAUCACUACUUUUGAGACAAUUAAAUCUCAAGGGUUGAGUUUAAUUGAUUCAUAUAAAUCAGACAUAAUCUUCAUGGGACAAGAUCAAUUGAUUGCUGGUAAUAAGACAAUGGUCAGUUUUGCUAUUGACCAAUUAGAUUGGUUAAGAUAUACUAUGAGACGAGUUGAAUCAGGUAAAUCAAAUUUUGACCUUUCGGUUUAUUCAUUGAAACAAUUAAUCAAACAAUUUGAUAUGAUUUUAAGCUUAAUUGUUGGCAAACCUUAUAAAUUGCAUUGAAUUGUUGAUAAAUGUAAAAACUUAAUUUAAGAAACUUGUGAUUAAAACCAAGUGCAACUGUACAAUUAACAACAAUUAA